AUGGCAGUUGAACAGGCGGCCAAACGGGCUGUGGAGUCGGAAGCGGCCGUUUUAGGGACCAGUGGCAAAUCUGGCGGGUCGAGUGGUGGUCCGGUAGAUACAGAAAGAGAACUGGCUCAAUUAUAUACACGGCUGUCAAUAGCAGAAGAGAAAGCCAAGAAUCUGGAGACCCUGAAGAGCACGUAUGAGAAGACCACGAGCCAGCUGACGCGGCGGCUGACGGAAGAACAGGCCAAAGCACAAAACUACCGGGACGAGGUGGACCUCAAAACGACGUCGAUGCAGCAUCUCCAGGACGAGAUGCUGGCGCUCCAGAUCCAGCUCAACGUCAUCGAAGACAACAUGAAACAGGUCCAAAAAGAAAACGAGGCACUCGUCGAGCGCUGGAUGGCCAAAGUGGCUGGCGAGGCCGAGAAACUCAACGAUGCCAACGCUUUCAUCGAAAGGUACAGUUUCACGGGUUGGCGGUCUGUGCCUCCGGCGGCUGGGGCUCCGCCCCAGACCCCGUGGCUCCUGCUUCGCAGGAGUUUGCGUGGGGAAAUGGUUGCUAACAGGAACAGUCUUAAACGGAUUAAACCUCCCUCCGAAGGUUAG